UGCAAGCAGCUAUCUCAAAAAAGUGUCCCCAGUUCGCGUUCGCAAACCGCCAAACCCUAACGUGCGACGGCCUUCUGCUCGGCGGCCGCAAACCACCGGCUGAAGCUGGCGCCGUGAUCACCAUCGUGAACCCCUUAUCCCGCCCUCAUUCGACGUUCUGUGCCGCCCUCGCCCAGAAACCAUAGUCGGCGCCCCCGACUGCCCCGAUCUUCUCGUCCCUUCCUCUUUCACCGCCGCCGCCACCGCAGGUCCUUCAUCCUCCUUCUCACCGGCUAAGGAGCUUGAUGCUGCUGCUGAAACUGUUUCCAAAUGACUACUAGGAACUACAGCGGGGUUUUUAAGCAUCGUCAUGAUGCUUCUCUUAUUCUUGACAUUUUCUUAUGGCGGAUGAAACUCUUCUGAAGCUGCUCUUUGAGACACCUUCUGGUUUUGCAAUCUUGGGCAUUGAUGGGGGUUUUCUCUUCGAAGAAAAACCGCUUGAGAUCAUCUGGACUAAAUUUGCCAACAAAACCACGGUUGACCUGGUGGCCUGUGAAUGUGAAUUCCAGAAGUUCGAGAACAAGUCAGAUGCCAUUAAUCCUAGUUCUGGUAUAGAUGGACGCCUUGCUACAAUGAUUAAGAAAUGGUGGUUUGGAGAGAAACUUCUUGUUGGAAAGCUUGAGCAUAAAUACAUUAUUGAAAAAGAACUGAAUAUUGUCUGCCGCUAUGAUGAACUUGUCUUGGAAGUGAUGUGGGGCAUGAAAAACCUGUUACAUAUCAUAGUUCCUGAAGAGGAAUUAGAGCUGAGUGAUGAGGACAGCAAGCAUAGGAGCAAAGGAUUACAAAUAUUCCUGCAAAAUCUUAACUUCGUCAUCAAACCUGGUCUAGUUAAUGGACAAAUUACAGAAACAGCAUGCUACGUGUAUCACUGUCUAGAACAUAACAAGGAGAUUCUUCGGUGCAUGCGUGUGACUGGUGUUCUUGAGAAAGAAGGCAUCAACACUCAGGGCUGGGAUGCAUUGAAGUAUGUGACAGCUUUUAUGCUCAUGUGUACAAAUGAAGAUCCAUCUGAGCCUAAUCAGGGGUUUUCAGCAGAGGAUCUUGCGAAGAUAGUUGGUGGUAAAGGGAAAUAUGAUAAGGGACUCCUCAAGGACAAUUUUAUGUUGAUUUACCGAAAAGCGGUCGAUGUCCACCAAACUAAAGUUGUGAAAUUACAAGAGUUGGAUGCUUUGGUUAAGGAGGCUAAAGAAAGGGCAGGAGAAGCUCCGCAGUUGCAAGACGUGGUGGUGUCUGUCACGGAGAAGAGCAAGAUAGAGCCUUGAGGAGCUUAGUGCUACACUGCCAACAGCCAACGGAUAGGAAUUUCGUUGUUGAUGCUGAUGGUAUGAAAAUAUAGUGAGGUCAUUGCCAUCUUGUUUAGGUCCGUCUUGUGAGGCUGCUUGCUUAUGCCAAUACAUUUGGCACGUUAAUGUCUAGACAAGUCUGAAAAAUUGGCUGUUAAUUUUGGACCCCAGUAGCUGGCUGUCGUCAGCCGGGAACGAUCCUCCAACGAAUGAAAUCGUUCGCUGGAGAAGUCUC